AUGAGCUUUGUAGUUCGUCUUAUUGUGUGUCUCUUAUUGACGCUUACAGUUACAUCUUCAGCCCGUAACUCUGUCUCCGUUUCAGGGUUUGGGAAGAUUGGAAUCGAGAGGAGGUCGUUGGUGGCGAACGUUGAGGAUUACGGUGAUCCGUCAGCGAAUCCAAAACACAAUCCCGGCGUUCCUCCGGCGAACACCGGCCAACGUAUCGCCGCCGGCAGAGGCUGA